AUGCCAUCGGUUGUGUAUAGCGACUCUAGCGAGGACGAAGAGGACGUCUCAGAAGACGGGUAUCCGUCAGAUGAAAUUGGCGGCAAAGGGAAUCUUAAAGGAUUUAUUGUCUAUGACGACGACGAGCUUGCCGACAUCGACGACCUAACAAAGGAGGUCUCCGCCCGUGACACGAAAGCGCGAAAACAGACUAAGCCUGCCAAACCAUGGUCGACAGGGGUUGCGACCAAGAAAUGGCAGGUAGUAAAAGGGGCCAGGGGUGCCGACCGGAAAUUGCAUUCAGUUGUUAGCCUACCCUAA